AAAGGCGCAAACGCGACUUUUGGGGCUCCUGAGUAGCGAGGCAAACGCUGUCCGCUGGGGGGCGCAGUUUCCCGGCUGCGUCGGGAGGGUGCGUUCCCGCAGCAACAGGGAAGAUGGCAGCGCUCACAUCUCUCAGCCAGUUGACGAGCGGGAGCCCCGUGUUUGAGAACUUUUACAGACAGGUGGAUCCAGGAAACACGGGAAAAGUGGGACCAACAGAAGCUGCCCUGUUCUUGAAAAAGUCUGGACUUCCAGAUGUCACGCUGGGAAAGAUUUGGGAUCUGGCUGAUCCGGAGGGUAAAGGCUACCUGGACAAGCAGGGUUUUUACGUGGCGCUGCGUUUGGUGGCGUGCGCACAGAGCGGCCAUGAUGUCAGUGUGUCCAGCCUCAACCUCAGUGUGCCGCCGCCCAAAUUUAAGGACAACAGCAGUCCUUCUCUGAGCACCUCCACUGAAGCCCACUGGGCUGUCAGGCCGGAGGAAAAGAACAAAUUUGACGGCAUUUUUGAAAGCCUCUCGCCGCUCAACGGCCUGCUGUCAGGAGAGAAGGUCCGACCCGUCCUCAUCAAUUCGAAGCUGCCUCUGGACGUCCUCGGCAAGGUUUGGGACCUGAGUGACAUCGAUAAAGACGGCCAUCUGGACCGAGACGAGUUUGCCGUGGCCAUGCACCUUGUGUACCGCGCGCUGGAGAAGGAACCCGUUCCAGCCCACCUGCCCACCGCCCUCAUCCCCCCAUCCAAGAGGAAAAAAAGCUUGUGCUCGGUGGUGGGCGGGGUCCCCCCGCUACCGGCGAGCCCACCGCCUCCCAAAGACUCCCUGCGCUCCACGCCGUCCCACGGCAGCAUGAACUCCCUCAACAGUACGGGAAGUCUGUCCCCCAAACAUACCCUCAAGUCUGGACAGCACUCCCUCAACUGGGCAGUCCCGGCGUCGGACCGCGGUCGCUACGACGACAUCUUCCUAAAGACGGACACCGACCUGGACGGUUUUGUCAGUGGGCUGGAAGUGAAGGACAUCUUCAUGCAAUCUGGACUCUCUCAAGGCGUCCUUGCCCAUAUAUGGGCUCUGGCCGACACCAGACAAAUGGGCAAGUUGACCAGGGAGCAGUUUGCCCUCGCCAUGCAUCUCAUCCAGCAGAAAGUGAGCAAGGGUGUGGACCCCCCUCAGGCGCUGACGGCGGAUAUGAUCCCGCCUUCGGAGAGGGGAACUCCAGUCCCGAGCAUGUCGGGGUACAUGACGCCAGUGGGAUCCGAGAUGGCGGCGCUGUCGGAGAUGAGGAGGGACAGCUCCAGCUCGGUGGGUUCGGGCGAGUUUACGGGGAUCAAGGAGCUGGACGACAUCAGCCAGGAGAUCGCCCAGCUGCAGAGGGAGAAGUACACUCUGGAGCAGGACAUCAGGGAGGCGGAAGAGGCCAUCAGGCACAAGAGCGCCGAAGUGCAGGAGAUGCAGAAUGACCUGGACCGAGAAGCGGCCUGUCUGCAGGAGCUGGAGGCGCAGAAGCAGGAUGCCCAGGACCGCCUGGAGGAGAUGGACCAGCAGAAGCACAAGCUGGAGGACAUGCUGAACGAGGUCCGCAUCAAAUGUCAGGAGGAGUCUCAGAUGAUCUCAACGCUGCAAAGUCAGAUCCACUCUCAAGAGUCGGACCUGCAGAACCAAGAGGAGGAGCUGGGCCGGGCCAAGGCCGACCUGAGCCGGCUGCAGCAGGAGGAGGACCAGCUGGAGCAGAGUCUGGCCGCCGGCAAGAUCCAGCUGGAGACCAUCAUCAAGUCCCUGAAGGCCACGCAGGAUGAGAUCAACCAGGCACGCAGCAAGCUGUCGCAGAUCCAGGACAGCCAGCAGGAAGUGUCCAAAAGCAUCGAGCAGUACAACAGCACCCUGAACGGAACCCACGGAGGAAGCAUGACCAACCUGGCCGACAUGAGCGAGGGCUUCGGCGACAGGGAGAACGGAACCUUCCCCUCCAUGGGGACGGCGGCCUCACAGCCACAGCAAGAAGAUCCGUUCAAAGUGAAGCAGUCCGUGUUCAACAGUCAGCCUCAGGAGCUCCACGCCGACCCCUUCCACUCGGAGGACCCCUUCACGGCGGACCCUUUCAAAGGAGACCCCUUCCAAAACGACCCCUUUGCAAAGUUGCCCGCAGCCUCGACAGAUCCGUUCGGUGGCGACCCGUUCAAAGAGACGGACCCGUUCAAGGCCUCGUCUGAAGAUUUCUUCAAGAAGACCGCAAAACUGGACCCCUUCGCCACAGCCGACCCCUUUAGCAAGAGCGCCACGCUACCCUCCAAGCAAAUGGGUCAUUUCACGAGUAAUGACCCGUUUUCCAGCGGCAACCCCAAAUGCAAAGGCGCAGAUUUGUUUGGCUCUUUGGAUCCAUUUGGCAGCGGCUCCUUCAGCAGCAGCGGUAACAGCAGCUCUGCCGCUUUCGCCGACUUCAGCCACAUGGCCAAGCCCAGAGAUCCGUUCGAAGGCCGCGCCAGCUGGCUGCCAGACUACCAGAAGGCUGUAUUUGCGGAUGAUCCGUUCAGCAGGAAGGGCGACACGCCGGCCCUGCCCCCCAAAAAAGGAGUUCCGCCGAGGCCCAAACCCCCCAGUGGUAAGACGACGCCAGUGAACGUGUCCGGCCCGACGGAAGCCCCCAAGCCAAGCGACCCCUUCCAACCGUUUGGCCGGGACAUCGUCGACCCCUUCCAGAGUAAAAAAGGUUUGGGCGACCCCUUCAGCGGCAAGGAUCCUUUUGCCCCGCCGUCCUCAGCACCAAGACCGGACAAAGUCAAGUUUAAUAACGAGGCUCAGCAACUGGAGUGGGCCAAACGCGAGAGCGAGCGGGCCGAGCGGGAGCGCCUGAAGCGUCUUCGGCAGCAGGAGCAGGAAGACCUGGAGCUCGCCAUUGCCCUCAGCAAGGCUGAGAUGUCCAACGCGUGACUAGUCGCCCACCGACAUGACUCUUGAAUAUUCUCUAAACACACACACACACACACCAUUGACAACUUCAGGAUGAACAAAAAAAAAACGCAACCCACUUCCGAGUAUUGCGUUUAAGCCCAGGCGCCCUUGUCUCCUCAGGCAGUGUCGGUUAGCAUCCGCUGGUGCUUAAAAAAAACAAAAGAAAAAAAAACAUAAAUAAUAAAUGCUCCAGAAUGACUGAAUGGGAUUAGACGCUCUAUAUCAUCAUCAUCAUCAUUAUUAACAAUUCACUGUGAUAAGAAGGACAAAAAGGCUGGAAAACCUCCACUCAGUGUUUUUUUUUUUUUGUUUUUUUUUUUUUUGUUAAAGCUCCAUUGUCCAAACGUGCCACAGCAAAAUGGAAGACGGACAUUUGGUGUGUUAGUGGUAAGCAACGUUACCUCGUGGUUUCUUGCCCCAUCAUCCUUCCUUUAUUUCAAGCGUGUGAUUCCAAGAGUCCAAUCCUGAUGCUACCGGCCAACAAAAUGGAGGACAGUUUGGACAGUUGGCGUAUCGCGACACUUACUCCCGCUUUUUACCUUGUUGUUGUUCCAUUUCAUUGAAGACUCUAAAUUCCCUGACGUGUGAUUGUUUGUCCAUAUCGUGCCCUGUGAUUGGCUGGUGACUCGUCUAAUUUCAAAAGGGAUAGGCUCCAAAUGGAUGGCUCGAUUUCCACUAGCAGACAAAAAGAAAAAGAAAAUGGGAGUAGCGGUAGCAGUAUUAGCUUGUGAUUGCACACGUUUAAUAAUUUUGAUAACGUUAUGAGGGAAUUGUUUGUUGUUGUUUUUUUUUUUAAACAAAUGUUUUAAGCGUUUGAUUUGGAGAUGUUUGGAAGUAUAACUGAUGAUGUUGCUUGACAGAACAGAACCCGGUAGAAACUGGAAAUGUGUUAACCACUCACUAACUUUUUUUUUGUUUUUAUGUACUUGAAGCAGCGACCGAAUGGCCGUGACUGACUACACACACACACACACACACACACACACACACACUGCUGACUUUUUUCAUCAUUUAUCUUCUCUGUAUGAGACCUGGCGUACUUAUUUAUUCCUGAUGAUAGGAAGGUUUACAUUGCGCUCCCUCGCAAAUCUCAACCACUUAAAAAAAAACACUUUGAUAUGUGGUGGAUGCUGAUUGUGGUGUUGGAUGGAGUGCUGCUACAAGACAAACAUACCACCCACUUAGGGGGGGUGGAGGGGGCGGUCGCUCCAGAAUGUCUCUGUAAAUAGAAGUCUGAAUUUGACACCACUGGCUGUUCUACUCCUGCGUGAAGCGCAAGUGGUGAUAAUAAGAGCAAGAAACCCACCUAAAAUGGCCAAUAUUUGUCUUUUAUCGGUAUCGAUGAAAAAAGGAUGACUUUGAAUUGCAAGAUGGUUUCUUCUUUUUGCUUUGUCGUUCUUAUUUUCUGCCCAAUACAAACGUUCCUGCCAAUGUGAAGUCACUUGAGUUGCCAUGUAGGCGCCACAUCCACUGCAUUUCAAAUGAAGGUGUUUCUUCCCGCCUUUUUUUAGGUUUACAGUUCACCAUCCACUUUUUGCUUUCAUUUGAAGUUGUGUCACGAAGCUAAACCUGCUAACACUCCCAACUAACAAGCCGAUUGUUUUCUUGACUGAAUUGAUAGAACAAAUGGCGGCUUUUCUUGUGACUCUCAUUGAAGGCGGAGGCUAGCUAACAGGCUAGCUCUGCUCAUGUUGUCCUGUACGCGUAUUCUCGCCUGAACUGCUAACUUAGAUUUUUAAAUUUUUAUUCUGCUUUAUGUGAUGUCAACAAGCUAGCAUUUUAGCAUGUCUUAGCAGCUAAGACAUGAAAUCAAUAAUUUUAUUGAGCGUGUUGAUGAAAUGACUAGUCCCCAACCCACACCCUUUGAAAGUGGCUACUAGCUAGCAGGCUAACAAAUAUCACGCAGGCUAGCUCUGCUCAUGUUACCCUGCCUGGAAUGUCCACAUUUUUAGAUGCCUAUUUAAUUUCUACUUCGCUAACUUGACCACAUAUCGCUACAGUAUGAUUUGGUUAGUCACUAGCCGUCAGCUAACAAGAUCCUUUGGCGCAUCUUUUAAAAUUGUUUAAAACAGUAGGUCGCUCUGAUCUAGCAGCCUAGCUCUACUCAUAUGUUCGAAAUGCAUAUUUCCUUUGAAACAUUGCCAAUGGACUUUUAAACGCAUCUGUCGCGACAAGGUAACAUGGACAGUAGCUACCCGCCAGCGAGCAUGCUUCUCGUGCGCUAUUUGUGCUUGUCAGACAUUAUCCAAUUUGCUUCAUUGUUCAUUCUAGCCUAGCUUGUCUGUUCCAUUGAGCUCUACUGUGAAACCUCAGCCGCGCGCCAUGUACUGCUCUUUGAGCGGGAACAAUUCACACCGUUAAUGCUGUAUUUGUCUCACUUGUGCAAUAGGUGUUUUAUUUUUAUGUCAUGUAUGUUUUUCAUAUGUUCUUCAUCAGUUUGAUGCACUAGCAGUUUCUGAUUUGUUUGGGGCAAUGAAAAAAAAUUGGGAGAAAGUAUAUUAACAAGUGUUAAGGGGUACGUCGUUAACCCGGAUUUCCUGAAGUGUGCAUUCUAUUUUUCUUUUGCCGAGCGGUCUUGAUCCAGAUGCUGUGUAUACUUUAUCAUCUCUUGUAUGAUAAAAAGAAAGAAAACA